AUGAAUGACACAACUUCUAAGAAGGCCGUCGAGUCGCCGACGGGGAAAGGAUGGAAACUGCCUUGGCUCUUGCUCGAACCGCAAGGACCGAGCUAUACAACAGAUCACAGCAUGCAGCUCCGCUUUGGUUCAGUUUCAAGCAGGCGUACGAAGCCUUAUCUACUGGGCGAAGUGGACUACGCGUUGGUGGGCGGCACCACCUUUUGUUACAUCCCACCGUUUCUCUCCAGUUUCAUGCAAUUAGGCGUGGCUGUCGAAGACGGCGAAGUGCAGCCCAUUUGA